CUGUACUCCUUUUGUAGUUUUCUUUCUUUCUUUUCUUCGCAACAAAAAAGAAAAGAAGACUAUCUGCUGAUCUUAUGCUCCAUCAGUGAUCAGAUAGAGCUUGUUCACUACAUCCCGUUAUUCUCUCUUAUGUUAGAUCCUUACAAAGCACCAGAUUUUUCUCCACCCGCAUUCAUUUAUUGUUUUUUUCUUCUGAAACUGGGAAAUGAACAUUUUUCUACCAUUCUUCUUCUAUCCAACUCUUUCCUAUUCGCUAGAUCUCCGCUCAGGUAGUUUUUAGAUUAGAUCCAUAAAUAGUUCCAGCAUUUUAAAUUUAUUCUAUGCCGUAUUCCCUGGGUAGGACGGAAGAAGUCACUGAGGAUUUAGCUUUGAUCUUCUCCUAGGAAUGAAAUAGUUUGGUUCGUUGAAAUAUGGCGGCAAGUCUGAGACUUUCAGGCUUAAGAGCGAAUCUGAAAGUAGCCGCUUUGGUCAUUUUUGUGUUGUGGAUAUGUGUUGCGGCAUUGUACAGCCUGACAAAGCCGAUAUCCAAUGGGUGCAUCAUGACUUACAUGUAUCCUACUUAUAUCCCUAUUCCCUCGCCGGAGAAUGUAUCGUCUACCAAGUAUGGAUUGUAUCUGUACCAUGAAGGGUGGAAAAAGAUUGAUUUUGAGGAGCACCUUAAGCAUCUUACUGGGGUUCCUGUUCUUUUUAUCCCAGGCAAUGGCGGAAGCUACAAACAGGUGAGAUCCAUAGCUGCGGAAUCUGACAGGGCUUAUAAUGGAGGUCCUUUUGAGCAGUCAUUUUACCAAGAAGCCUUUAAAACCCCGGGCAGUGGUGUUCAAUUUGAUGCUAGAAGCAUUCCGUUGCCCAGCAAGUAUGCAUGCAUGCUCGACUGGUUUGCUGUGGACCUUGAAGGUGAACACUCGGCACUGGAUGGACGGAUACUUGAAGAGAACACAGAAUAUGUAGUAUAUUCUAUUAACAGGAUUUUGGAUCAUUAUAAAGAGUCUCAUGAUGCUCGAGUUAAAGAAGGGGCCAAUGUAUCUAUGAAUUUUCCAAGAAGCGUUAUUUUAGUUGGUCAUUCCAUGGGUGGUUUUGUUGCUAGAGCUGCAACUGUACAUCCACAUUUGAGAAAAUAUGCAGUUGAAACAGUCCUGACACUCUCUACCCCACACCAGUCACCUCCUCUAGCAUUGCAACCAUCCCUUGGUCAGUACUAUGCGCAUGUUAAUCAUGAAUGGAGGAAAGGGUAUGAAGUCCAAACUUAUAGAUCUGGGCGUUAUCUAUCUGAUCCAUUGCUGUCUCAUGUGGUUGUCAUCUCUAUUUCUGGUGGUUAUCAUGAUUACCAGGUGCGGGCAAAACUAGAGUCCCUUGAUGGCAUUGUCCCUUCCACCCAUGGGUUUAUGAUUAGUAGUACAUGCAUGAAGAAUGUCUGGUUGUCAAUGGAGCACCAAGUUAUAAUGUGGUGUAAUCAGCUUGUCGUGCAAGUGUCACACACACUUCUUAGUUUGAUAGAUGACAAGACCCAUCAACCUUUCAUGGAUGUACAAAGAAGGCUUGGAAUAUUUACAAAGAUGCUUCAAAGUGCUAUACCUCCAAAUUUUGACAGGAUACAGCACAGACAGUUACCCUACCAAUUAUCUCAUGUUUCUUCUAGCAAUCAGAAACUGAGUUCUGCAACAACAACAUUACCACAGUGCCGCAAAGGCUCCCACCUUUGGUUGGGUAAGUGGGGGUCGGAUGUACGCAAUCUUACCCUUAUACUAAAAGCACAAAGAGACUGUUUCCGAAUGACCCAUAUUGAAAACCGCGUCGAAAAUUGCAUGGAUCAGCGGCUGCUUCAUAACAAAGAAGCGCAGACAGUUAAGUGAGCUAUUUUUCUUUAUUCCAUCAUAUUCCGAAACCAAAAAAUAGGAGUCUUUAGCUCCAUUGCAAAUGAUGGGAAUAAUGAAAUUCACCAAAUGGCUAGAAUGUGUUUUGGGAGUGGUGUGAGCUUUACUUUUGACGCACCAUAAAUGAGUUCCAAUUGAUUUCUAUUCAGUGGUGUUGGUGAAAGUGCAAUUUGACGAUUAAUACCCUGGGUCCCGUCAUACUUACAUUUUGAUCAAAUGUUGGACCUUACAGUGAAAGAGUUCCAAUUGUUUUUGGCUCCAUCAUUUCCAAUGGAGCCAAAUACUCACUAUUUUUUGGCUUGGGAAUAUAAUGAAAAUCUGGAAUAAAGCAAAAUGAUUCACUAAACUGUUUGCUCUUCUUUGUUAUUAAGCAACAGUCAAUCCAUGCAAUUCUCACGCGGGUCAUCCAGAAAUAGUCUCUCUCUGCUUUAGUACGGGGACCUGAGGGUAGUAAUUUUACUUGCCCUAGAAGCACCCAUUGGAUUGAUGAUGGACUUGAAAGGGAUCUUUACAUCAAAACAACUACUGUGACCAUUUUAGCAAUGGAUGGAAGGAGGCGUUGGCUGGAUAUCCAGAAAUUGGGACCAAAUGGAAAAGGUCACUUUGUUUUUGUCACAAAUCUAUCUCCUUGCUCUGGGGUAAGACUACACCUUUGGCCUGCAAAAGGAAUCUUGACUUCAGAUAUUUCUGUUAAUAAACGGAUCGUAGAAGUAACUUCAAAGAUGGUAAAUAUCCCCUCAGGACCCGCUCCAAGGCAGAUAGAACCCGGGAGUCAGACUGAGCAAGCAUCUCCUUCUUCCAUUUUAUGGUUGCACCCAACUGAUAUGCAUGGAUUUCGAUUUCUGACAAUAUCAGUGGCACCUCGCCAGACUGUUUCAGGAAGACCACCCCCAGCUACUUCAAUGGGCGUUGGACAAUUCUUUAAUCCAGAUGAAGGGGAAAUAGAGUUGUCUCCUCAAUCAGUGAUUCCCAUGAUAUACAGUCAAAAGGACAUUCUAUUGAAAGAAGAUCACCCUCUUGUCAUCAAUAUUUGGUUCUCCAUUAGCUUAGCCAUUCUGCCUGUAACAAUGUCUGUUAAAACCACUGGUUGCGGGAUACAAAAGUCAGAAUUCUCAGCUGAUGAGACAGGAGACAUGGAUAUUAGCAGUCUUUGCAAGCUCCGGUGCUUCCCACCUGUAGCUAUGGCAUGGGAUGCCUCGUCUGGGCUUAAUGUUUUCCCUAAUUUGUACUCUGAAACUAUUAUGGUGGAUUCCUCUCCGGGAGUCUGGAGUUCGAAACCAGGUUCAGAGAAGACAAAUGUACUAUUGCUGAUCGACCCACACUGUUCAUAUAGAACUAGUUUUGACGUUCCUAUCACCACUGCUGCUGGAAGGUUUAUACUUUUAUACUUUUCUCAGAUAUUUGGGUUUUCAAUUGCUGUUAUCUUUUUCGCUUUGAUGCGGCAAGCAUAUGCAUGGGAAAUUGAUCUGCCCAUUCCUUCACUUCUUUCUGCUGUCGAGUCAAAUUUGAGAUUGCCAUUGCCAUUUAUCUCUCUUGCCCUAGUGCCCAAUUUUCUGGUUUUGCUACACUCUUACCUAUUCUCCCAGCCGCUUGCUUCAGUCAUAAGCUUCAUUAUCAUCUCAACAAUUUGUUAUUUAUUUGCAAAUGGGUUAAUGUUGGCGCUGAUUGCGAUAUCUCUGUUGGUGUUCUAUAUAGCUGCAACUGCACAUGCUUUUUUCAAGAGACGGUGGCGGACAUUCGAAAACAAUGAGCGUUUAUACUUUCCCCAAUGGUUUCUGAGUCUUUCAUGUGCUGUUUUGUCAUCUAAGGUGGUGAGGAUAAUAACAUCCCAUCCUUCACCUGUUAUUGCUCUGGUUGCCUUUCCAGUUGUGUGCCUUGUUCAUCCUGCAUUGGGUCUCUUUUUGUUGCUUUCAUCUCAUGCUGUCAGUUGUCACAAUGCUCUCUCAAGUCAUGUACAAAAUGAAGAGUCAAGAGGAGGGUCUGGAGAUGGAGAAAUGAGUAAAUACAGGCAACACAUCCCCAAGUAUAAUGGUCAAAGUAAUAAACUUGUCCCCCUGAACGAAAAUAUUUCUAGUGGCCUGGAGAAUGUGAAAAGCUAUGCUGAAACACAGUUAGAGAUUUUUCACCACAGACAUGGCCUGCUUAUCUUGCAUUUGCUUGCCACGCUAAUGUUUCUUCCCUCUCUUGUGGCCUGGCUUCAGAGGAUCGGAGUUGGUCAGAGCUUUCCAUGGUUUUUGGAUUCUAUACUGAUUAUUGGUGUUCUGCUACAUGGCAUUUGUGAUCCAAGGCCCGAAUUCAACUUCUUCUUUCCCUUUCCGGGCUUCAAAGGGCAGUGGGAGAUAAAACUAAGCUUAGCAUAUCUUCUUGCUGGAUAUGUAUCGUACCUUUCCGGUCUGGCCUUGACUCCUUAUACCACAUUCUAUGCGAUAGCCACCGUAGGGUUUGUAUCAUUUGUUUUCAGGGUCAUACAAAGAGACAAGGGUAGCAGCCGAAAGCACUCUCAUCAUAGACAAUAACUAACAGGUUUUGUUAAAUGAUUAAUGUAUGACG